CCGGCCUCCGGGCGGGCUCCCUGCGAACCUUUCACUUCCCACAGCGCCUUCCCGAGCCUCUCUCGACACCGGAGCCCAGCCUGGACCUACUAUGUGCCAGCCCUACCUCCCUCCGUCGUAGAAGUCCCAGGCAGCAUUCCGAGUGCUUGCUAACGGGCAAAGAGAAGCUAUGAAAUACAAGGUGGGCUUCCAGGGAUGACUCAGAGGAGAUGUCGGCCUCCCUGAGCUGCCAGUCCUGUUACGGGAGCUCCACAGGCCCUGCGGACGGGUGGCCAUGCAGCCAUGCCCAGAAGAGCGGUACUGGGAUCCCCUGCUGAGCGGCUGCGUCUCCUGCAGACCCAUCUGCAGCCGUCAGGUCCCACGGACCUGCACCGCCUUCUGCAAGUCGCUGAGCUGCCGUGAGGAGCAGGGCCAGUACUACGACCAGCUCCUGAGGGGCUGCGUCAGCUGCGCCCCCAUCUGCGGACACCACCCCGCGCCGUGCGGGCUCUUCUGUGAGCGCGUCCUCCGGAGCCGCAGCGCCCUCCGCCCAGCGCCCAGGAGGCAGAGGCCCGGGCAGGCCGAGACCAGAACCGACACCGGGGGCAGGUACCAGGGUUCCGAGCACAGAGGCCUGGAGGCAGGUCCAGCGCCCCCAGGGCUGCGGCUGAGCGCGGACCAGCGGGCCCUGGUCUACAGCGCGCUGGGCCUCUGCCUCGGUGCCAUCCUCUGCUGCUUCCUCCUGGCCAUGGUCUGCUUUCUCAAGAGGAGGGGGGACCAGGCCUCCCGCCAGUGCCCCCCAGGGCUCUGCCCCACCCAAGCCGCGUCCUCCCAGGAUCCCCGGAUGGAAGCCGGCCCACAGGAGCAGGAGCGGGAGCAGGAGCAGGAGCGGGAGCGGGUGGAAGCCUGCAACUUCUGCUUCCCCCAGUGCAGGGCUCCCACCCAGGAGCACAGGGGUGCACCCGGGUCCCCCGGCCCCAUGCAUGCUGGGAGGUGCGGGCGCCUGGGCCCUAUCAUGGCGGGACAGCCCUGUGCGGGGUCCCCGGACAGCAGCCUCCAGGCUGUGUGCUCCCCCACCCAGGAGGGGGGUCUGGCUGCGUGA